AUGCUGUCGGCAUUCCUCCUCCUGUUCCUGGCCACCACAAGCGUGGCCAUGCCUCAGCCAACUUCUCAGCCAACUCCUCAGCCAACGCCUGAGCUAAUGAAGCGGAACGCGACUACCAACUCCACAAGACACGAUUGCAUGCGAAAUUGCACAUCGCAGUGCGGUCAUGGUGGUGUUUGUGAUUUGGUGUGCUCCAUCCUCAAAUGCCCCCCGAACAUGAAACGAGCGGACCUUUCAGGCGAAUUCGAGAAGAAGCAGGUAGCCAGAAGGGAGGAAGAGGAAGAGGAAGAGGAGGAUGGAUUUGAAGACGUUGAGGUGGUCGAGACAAGCCAUGUCAACUGA